AUGCUUUCUUGGUCUACAAUCAUUAGUCUCUUGAUUAAUGCCAACAUAAUAUUAUUGAAUGCUUUUCCAGUCAGAGAUACACCUCCACAACUGUUUGGUUUGAUGUAUGCUGAAGAAACCAAAAGCUCACGAGAACGAUACCAGCUUAAACAUGAUGAAACAAAUCCGAACUCUUCAAUGUAUAUUUAUGAUUACCAUAAUGAAGGAGAUGCUAUAUAUGUGGUAAUCAGUAUUUCUAAAAAGGACUUGGAGUUUGUAGACAAUUAUCAGAUCAAACCUGUUAUAUGCUUAAUCAGCUACAGCAGUCAUGUGCCUUUAGCUUUAUCCUAUGACUUGGAUUUUACGUUAUCCGCAGAGCUUGUUAAUCAAUCGUGGUAUUGGUUACCACCUUCAUUAAAUGCGAGUACAAAUAUAUCAGUUUAUAUAUUACCAAAAUUAGUGGGACUAGACUAUUUGGUAUUUUGGAUUCGUCAAGCGAAACCAAAGCAUGGAUAUAUUAGUCCUACUCCUUGGUUUGCCAAUAAUUCUGAGACCCUCAGGAAGCAAUAUUUCGACAGUUUAGUAAUUGACUAUCGACUCAAUGUCUCUUUAUAUAAUAACCAGGAUUAUAAUGAUGACAACAAUAAAAACAACACAAUGGGUUUUCCCGUAAUUGUAACUGCAGAUAAAGGCAUUGGUCAUCUAGUUUUCCGUAUCAUCGUCAUAAUCAUGGUGACUGUAUUCACAUUCACAAUGGGGUGUGAUUUGGAAGUUCCUUUGAUCCUGCAUCAUUUCAAAAGACCCAUUUCUGUAUCAAUUGGGUUCUUUUGUCAAUUUUUUUUUAUGCCAUUGAUUGCGUUUGGUAUCGCAAAAAUUAUACCAAUUAGGUCGGAUUUUGGCUUUGGUUUACUUACUAUUGCUUGUUCUCCAGGUGGUGGUGCCAGUAAUGGUUGGUGUCUUCUACUCGGAGGUGAUAUUAACUUGAGUAUAUUAAUGACAUUCAUUAGUAGUUUAUCGGCUCUUUUCAUGAUGCCUUUUCUUCUAUUCAUCUACGGUCGAUUCUUCAUUGAUGUGACCAAAAUAAAAAUUCCAUACGUCAAUAUUGUCUUCCAGUUAUUACAAGUAGCUAUACCCGCAUUAAUGGGUUUAGGUCUACGUAUAUGGAAACCGAAAUUGGCUGUUAAAUGCACAAAGUUAACACGUCCAUUAUUUUAUGUAUUCAUAGUAUUCUUUUUAACUAUUGGUGUGUACAUUAACUGGUCCUUAACUCGUCUAUUAGGUGUAUAUCCUUUACUUAUUCUUACAGGUGCAUUAUUACCUUGGCUUGGCUUUUGUAUAGCAUCAUUAUUUACAUUAAUUCUACGACAAUCACGUAAAUUAGUUAUUACAGUGGCCUUAGAGACUGGUAUACAAAAUAUUGGUGUUGGAAUACUUGUUUUAUUGUAUACAAUGCCAAAACCAAUUGGUGAAUUAGGUGCUAUCAUGCCAAUUACUGUAGCUAUACUUACACCUAUUCCUUUGUGCCUAAUAUAUUUAGGCUUAGUAAUCAAGCGCAAAUGUUUUGACCAUCAGAAUGAGCCUGUUAUUCAUGAUCCUUGUGAAAUUGAACCCCUCAGUACCACGAAAAUAAGUAGUAAAUGCAGUAAUGACAUUAUGAACCCACCAACUGAUACCAUUAAAUCACCGACACAAGUAUCGUUAACAGAUACAACUGUUACCAUAAACACCACUGUCCCUCAAGAACGUAUGUAAUAGAACUCGUAUAAAGUCAGGUUGGUGGUGUAUUUCUCACUGCCUUCUAUUUUUGAAUAGCAAUAAUUUUGUAGUGUGAUAAUAUGCAAAUCUUUUUAGUUUUCUAUAGAACCAUUUCAGUUUUAAAUUGAACUCUUCUCAAUUCAUCUAUCAUUGAUCUUAUCAAACACAGUAUCUUAUUUUGCUCGUUUUAAAAAAGGUAAUCAGAUUUCAGGAAAUAGAAGAAUCAUUUUUACCUACACAAAUAUAGACGUAAUUUAAGUAUCUUGACAAUGAGUUUCUUUUUUUUUUUUUGAAUUUCAAAACAUUCAUUUUUACUUGUUUUCUCUGAUUUAUUGUCCUACCCUUAGUUUUGUGAUAAAUGUUCUCUUUUCGUAGAAUAAGAUUCUGUUUUAGUCAAGUUCAGUGAAAAAUAAUAAUAGAAACUUUCCAACUGUGAAAGUCAAAACCUUAAUUUAUCCAUCAUGAACAGUAGCAAAUAAAUGUAAAGAGAAUGAAUGGAACAUACUUAAUGACUUAUUAAAAAUAAUGAAGACAAUUGAGCAAAGGAAAUUUUCUUUUAUGCAUUAUUGUCUUUUUGAACGAUCCAGUUGUAUUUAUAAAAACGUCUUUUUUUUACAUUUGGUAAUCGUAAAAUAGACGAAUGUUACUAAAUUAUCAAAAAUGAUUAAUUUUAUUCAAACACUGACUGAAAAAGCCUAUGAAACUGAAAGGUGUUUCAUCAUUUAACAAAGAAAUCAAAGAUUAUCGAGAGAUUUUGAAUACUGAAUAUGAUUGUAUAUAUAAACAAAAGGGUUAGAAUUUCAUUAGAAAAAUUGUCAAGGAUAAAUUGCGGCUAUGGACAAGUUUACUUCAUUUGGUGGUGCAGGUUAUGUUACCCGUAUGUAUAGUAAUAGAGUAGUGAUCUUCCACCAUACGAGCUAAACCAAAAUCAGCUACUUUAACACAAUUAUUUUCUCCAACUAAAAUAUUACGUGCGGCUAAAUCACGAUGAAUAUAGUGCUCUUUUUCCAAAUAAGCCAUUCCAUUAGCAAUCUAUUAUGAUAAAGAAUAAAGACAAAACAGAAAACAGAUUAGGUAAUUAGAAAUGCAUAGUAAAUUGAUCCACACACGAAAUCAUCAGCACUGGAGAAUUGGUGUCUGAUAAAAUCUCAGCACACAUUCGAAAAGCCAGAUAGAUUUACGCCAACUCUCGAUACUUGUGACGCAAGUUAGACAACCGUCUACCAACCAGUUCCUGAGUAUAGUGUGCAGAAUUCCUCACUGUAUUACUCUAUGCCUGUGAAACUAACUAAGGUAGUAAAGGUUGUGAGCACACUGCGACAUUUUAAUUAUACUUACAUUCAAAGCGCUCUUCCUGAAUAUUGGGAUAAUGGAGUAGGUGAUUACGAGAUUAGACGCAAGGUACUGGGUAAAUAUGGUACAUCAACUGACAAUGUAGUGAAUAUUGAUUGACUGAGGAACAUGAGUUGAGUAUCCCCAAAUACCAUCCAUCUGGACAGGCGGUGUUUGCAGCUGUAGUCAUAAGUUGAAACGAGUUUAAUGUUUGUUGAACUAAAACGAGACGUCUGUCCGUGAAGUCACCAACUAAUGGUCUAAGCUAUGUAGUUAACUGAAGACUACCUGUUUGAAUUCGCUUUCAGUAACCACUAUCAGUGCUUGGAGACGUUAGGGGGCAUGAUCAAGAAUUGGUAAAUAUAGGGGGGAUGUAUUCGUUUUAUCUUCUCUUCGAUCUUGAGUUUUAAAAUUGUCCUAUACUUUCUAUUCCGCGGAUUUCGUAAAUUACAUUAUCCAUACUUUAUCUUUUCUACUACCACUGAUACUUUGACCACUUCUAAUACUCUGAUAUUUGUUUUCAUAACUUCAUUCCAUUACAUUCAUAUGGUGUGGCAACUUAAACUGAUACACAAAUGAGUGAGAACGGAGUCCUAUACUUUCUAUUCCGCGGAUUUCGUAAAUUACAUUAUCCAUACUUUAUCUUUUCUACUACCACCGAUACUUUGACCACUUCUAAUACUCUGAUAUUUGUUUUCAUAACUUCAUUCCAUUACAUUCAUAUGGUGUGGCAACUUAAACUGAUACACAAAUUAGUGAGAACGGAGUAAACCAAUGAUAUGAAUUAUGUUUUACACUGACAACUAAUCACAAUUUGUCUAAACGUUGACAUAAUUCAACUUACCAACAAAUGUUUAAUCUAGUUAAUGUCUCAUAGUCAAAGUAUCACAACUAAUUAACACUGAUUACUGAAUUAUAGUGCCUGACCUUUUUUAACAACUUAUGAAGAGAUUAUAUACAUAACUUAUUAUGUAAGUAUAUGGGAAGUGGUACCACAUUAGUGGGCACCAACAAUGUUCAGUUCUUUAUUAUUAGUUCGACUAAAAGUCUGUCCUCACCCACUUAUUUUUCAAUCUGUGUUGAAAACAAUGAAAUAACAACUCUCAACAAACAGGAAACUGAUAUGUCUGGUGAAAGUGAACUGUAACUAGUUAAUGACUGCAAAAAGACACAUAUAUGUGAACUGAAAUAUGUCUGUAAAUGUGUGGUAUUUGGAUGAAUUGAUGAUUCCUUUGUACUUCUUGAAUGCUUGAUUUCGAUUUACAAAUACAGUACAUUCGUUUGUGGUUAUCUAGUACUUCUUGAUCAAAUUGUGUUAUUUCUGGGAUUCUUAGUUAGCACUAUAAUUCAAACACUUCUAAUUAUCAUAAAAUGCCAUAAUAUACUUUGAGUUAGGCCUGUUUCGUUUUUUAAAAAGCUUUUCAGAUUAAAGUGUGAGAGAGUAGCCAAAUAGUUGAGUAUAUAGUGCCAAGUGUAAGUACAUACUUAAAGUGCACUCAUGGAAACUAAAAGUAAGCAUCCUGGAAUUCUGUUUCAGAUGCUAGAUCCUCAGAUAUCACUUAGUAAACAUCUCAUUAUUGUUAUUUUAUUUUGGAAACUGGAAUUCAUAAUUGAUGCACUAAAAACGCCCACUUUUACCAUAGUUUGUAACUCCCACUUACAAGAACCUCAAAUUUCAUUGUUUCUAUUCUUCUUUUAGUACGCCAUUAUGUGACAAUUUCCAAGGCCGUUUUUGUGCUGUAUAUAUACGCAUGAGUUGUGCGCUUGUCUGUUCGCGCUAAGGAAUACUUGUGGAAUUCACUUUUCUCUCGGUUGAAUCUGGUCUUCACCCUCCAAUUGGCAGGGCUGGGGCCUAGUAGGAUGGCUUAGCUUGACUUGCUGUUGUGUUGCUAACUUUCGUUCUGUUCGUCCCUUUUAGGUGAUAUCGUGAUUUCUUCAAACCUAGCAAUGUCAAACAUUAUAUCAGGAACCAAGAGCGGUAAGUAGCUUAGUAUUCCUCGUACCGAUCUAAUUCAUGCAUUAAAAGCACUGAUGUACAGUGAAAUUAUGGACUGAGAAAUACCGAAAAUGCUAAGUCUUUAGACCAGUGAAGUAAACGACGCGUGUUACGGAUGUCGAGUAAGCACGUGACGAAGGCAGAAGGAAUAAAUAUUACAGAGUGUGUGGGUAACCAAAACAAGAUAAAAUAACAGUCUGUGAGGUCACUGAUUGUCAUUCUGAUUCACGUAAGGAAAUGUAGUGAUUCAAGAUAUAGCUUUUGAGAUUUGUUUCCGAAGACUAUAGUUGGCCAAUCAAAAUGGUACAGAUCCACAAACGCUUAUUUCGUAGAUUUUCAGUCGCAUUGACUAUCUAUCCUCUCUUGCCUUGUACCCUUUGGCGAACAAUCAUGUGUCUCAAUGGAACAAAAACUUGACAUCAAAAAGUAGGGUUAUAAGUUUGCAUCUAGUUCUAUCAAACAUCAGUCGUUUAUUGAUGCUAACACAAUAAUCAGAUUUGACUGGUAGUCUGUUUUGUAGAAUGUUUUCAAAUUUUCAGGUAGUAUGGAAGUCUCAUUUCUGUUAUUGUACUGAGUAGUAAUUUUAUGUAGUGAGAAUACCAUCGACCGUAAACUGUCAGUAGUUGAGUGACGCUGUUUGAAGUGAAGGGAACAAAGUAGCGAAAUUACAUUUUACACUCAUUGCAAUUCAUAUUCAAUCUUACUUCCAUUCUUAAAUUAAUCUAAUGUUUACCCAGUAUAAUAUUUGCUUUAUUUUCAAUGUAAUAUUUCAAUCAGUUCAACACUGAUUUCUUUUUCUAUGGUGUUGCUCCAACAUGACAUAUUGUCUGUAUCAAAUUAACGUGAACUAUGGUCAGCAUGACGUGCAACGUGCAAUUUCCUUAUGAUUUCAUAUAUGUGACUUCAUUCUAAUUAACAAUCGAGUGGGUAUACAAAUCAAUAUAUAAAUGAGUGUAUUUUCGACUCGAGUGGUCGGUGUUGUGUUUUUGAUGUGAAUAAAUCUCCAUUUGUACCAG